AGUAUUCGUUUGACUUCGAUUUGGGACGCUUGGUGUGUUCUGUGUGUGUUUUGCGUUCGGAACAAUUUUUCUCUCUCUAGAAAACAUAAGGAAAAAAAACAAACGUUGUCGUCGUCGUCACGAACUCGCAUUUCUUUCUCACUCUGUCGAGAAAAAAAAAUCGGCGGGCCCAGUUAGAUGUCGCUUAUGUACACACAGAGCCGAAGAUUCAGUGCUAACGCGUGGUAACGUCACACUCUUCCGUAACUCUCGCAUCAAGAGAGAAUCGAACGAGCGAACGAACGAACGAGAACAGAGAACAGAUUAGAAACCAUUACGACGCUUCUGUAUGAGUGACGGCUGCCAAACCAACAAUAUCUAUCUCGCCCAUCACUCGCCACUCAUCUUCAAAUCAAAUACAUUUUGUGUGUUUUUGGAUGGUGGUGUUUUAUUUUUGUCUCUCUGUGAGUGUAUAUUGGCUUUUUCUCGGUGUACUCCCGAAUUAAAUACAUACAAAGAAAAAAGAACAGUUCGGCUUAUUUUUCAAAGUUCAAGUGAUUAGUAAAUUAUUGUUUUCGCAUUUCGUCAGUAUGUUACAUAGCACUUAACACGACAGACUCUCAGCUGUGUGUUGCGCAUAGUGAUAUCGAGCAUCGAUUUUUCGGGACUUUUUCAUGUGCUUUUCAACUAGUGAUUUCGAUUAUUCAAUAUCUGAUCAGAGUUUUUGGCAAACCGACGGUACAAUUGAUGCUGACUUUUUGAUGACAUUUCGACGAAACCUGAAGAAACGAAGAUAUUUUCACACAAAUUUUCGAAGACAUUUGGGGAAUAUUUUGAACAUUUUAAUAACUUCAAAAUUUUGAAAAAAUAAAACAAAUAUUUUUCAAUAAUCUUCAUUGGAAAUUUCAAGAAAGAUUUUUCUGGACACUUCCGAAUUGUAAAAAUUUGAGAAAAAAAAACGAUUCUCAUCAUUUUUUUUUGGCCAAUUUACCUGCGUCAAAUAGAAUAACUGACUUUUUAACGUUGAGCUAAAUCGAUCCGGAAAAUAAGAAUCGCUCGACUGCCCGACACAUAAACAUCAAAAGUGAUUAUAAAUUUCUUCAUCGACGAUUGGUGGCGGGCCGCAUUUGUUCAAACAACAAAUAAAUGCAUUUCAUACACACUGGCUGUUUGUUGGUUACUUAACAGUUUGUUAACAUAGAGAGCAGAAGCAGCAAAAUUCACCUGAACAAUAAACAUCUAAUUACCGAAUACAGUCAACUGAAACCGCGUGUGUGCGCUCGCUCGCGUUAUCAAUGCGGUUGAAACGAAAAACACACUGAUUCAAUUGCAAACGAAAUUGACUUAAAAAGAGAGAGAGACAGAGAGAGAGAGGCGAAGCAACGAAUAGGCAGCAGACGAAAAAAAAAGUAAAAGUUUUCUAUUCUUUAUCAAAAAUGGUGUGUUUAGGUGCAUUUCAAAGUGAUUAUUAGUUUAUGUUACACACAUUUUGCACACGUCGAUUAUGCAAUCCGGUCUCUAAUACGCUGCAAAAACCCACCCGUAAACAGAGAAAUUAGAAGAAAAGCAGAGUAGAGAAAAAAAAAGUAAAGUGAAUGUUUUACACACUGGCUGAUUUUCGUUUCGUUGUUCAACGUUAGCAACGUGUGUGCGCAAAAUUGAUCGUUUAAAUAUUGAAAAACCAAACACUUGCGAAUCAAAAGAAAGUAUAACGAUUUGGAAUGAAGAAAGAAUGAACGAAUCAGAAAAAAAAUAUCUGUAACAACACAAACGCGGUGUGCAGUGAACAAAAAAUAUAAACCAUAAGCCCAGCGAGUGCAGUUCGAAAACAAUGAAAACAAUUGAAUGAAUGCUGGUGUUAAUUGCAUUAAUUAACUUAUUUUUGCGUUAGUUGCGAACGGCGGACGUUUGAAUGCAACUACGGUGUGUGUGUAUUCAUGUGCUCUACUCUUUAUAAGAUAUUAAAUUGUGUUUAUAGACUAUUUAUUACGCAUUCGUGCGUUGAUUGAGGAACUAAAAUUCGAUUUUUACCUGUUCCAAACGAAGACAUUUUAAUUUCACUGAUGCACUGCUUUUUAUUUCAAUUCCAUACACACAUUGUUCCACUGACGUAAUCAUUUUGCGAACGAAUAAACGCAUUUAAUGAAUGGCAUGAUAAGGAAAUGAUACGAGUUUAUUAUGCCAGUGUUUUAAUUUUGAAUUUGUUGCUGUUGCUUUCGUUCGUUAGUUCACCACACAAAUAGGUGUAAUUGAUUCCGAUUUUCUUCGAAAGCAAUCGCAAAAAUAGAACAAUUUUUCGUGUGAAUUUGGAAGUGUGAAUUAUUGUGUUUGACCACAGAGCAACGUGAAAAAUCCAACUCAAAUAGACAUACGAAGACGAACGAUAUCCAAGUGUUCUUUCGCCGGGGUGUAUUUUAUCGGUCAAAAUCGUACUCCAGUGGCAUUUGACGGGCGAAAGCCCAAAAUCAUCAACGAUUUCGAGCACCGCUGAUUUUUUAUCACCGAACGGUGUUGCAGCAGCUGCCAGUGGCUUGACGAUGACAGUUCCAAUGCAAAGAGGAUCAAUGGCCGUGCUACCAUCACGAUCACGUUUUAUGAUCACCGACAUUUUGGGCGGUGGUGGUGCAGCCAAUGUUGGCGCCGCACUACACUUGCGAGAACGCGUUGAAAACGGCGGACGCUCACCAUCACCGGAAAAUCCACGGGAUUUAAGCGCAUCGGCCGCCAACAAUAACAAUAAUCAUUUGCAUCAUUUGCAUCACAAUCUCGCUCUAAACCAUCACCAUUUGAGCCAGCACAAUCAUUUGCAUCGACACGAUGAAGACAGCGACUCGAGCGGACCACUUGAUGAUGAUAACAGUGUCUGCAGCAAUGGUGGCAAAGAUGAUGACGGUGGCAGUAUUAAAAGCGGUUUGGGAAGUCUAUCGGGCUCAUCUGGCUUGAGCAAAAAGCAACGAAAAGCCCGAACCGCAUUCACCGAUCAUCAAUUGCAAACGUUGGAGAAAUCAUUCGAACGGCAAAAGUAUCUAAGUGUUCAGGAUCGCAUGGAAUUAGCGAAUAAAUUAGGCUUAAGUGACACACAAGUGAAGACAUGGUAUCAGAAUCGAAGAACAAAAUGGAAACGACAAACUGCUGUUGGACUCGAACUUCUGGCUGAAGCUGGUAACUAUGCCGCAUUCCAAAGAUUGUAUGGUGGACCGCCUUACAUUGGUGCUUGGCCGUAUGCGGCUGCCGCUGCAGCAGCCGGUGGACAAGGUCCCCCAGGAGCCCCACCGUCAGCUGCUGAUUUGUACUAUCGACAAGCAGCGGCCGCAGCUGCUCUGCAGAAACCUCUACCAUAUCGAUUGUAUCCGGGAAUGCCAACGCUUGGUUCAUUGGGCGGUAUCCCAGCACCGGCCGCUCCGUUUUCGCACUUAUCGGCCUCAAGUUCGCUGUCAUCGCUCAGCAAUUACUAUCAAAAUUCGGCAAAUAACAACAGCAGCCUAAAUGGUUCGGCUGCCAAUGGAAACAGCACCACAAAUGGCGGCAGCAGUGAUCAUUCGCCACGAAGAACACCGAGUCCACCACUCAAUCCAGGCAGCCCGCCAGCUCGACGCGCUCAAAGCAUACCACCCAGCGAUGACGAAGACAGCACCAUCAACGUUUAAGUAAAUGAAUAUAUUUGAUCCAUUUCCAUUUUCAUUUCCGCGAUUCUCUUUUGUUCAUCUCUUUUUUUAUUUCUUCCUCGGUUCUUCACCAAAACGAUUUUCUAAUGCAAAACAACUACUGUGUUUUUUUUUCUCUUUCUUUUCUCUUAUGCUAAUCCAAGUCAGUUCAAACUAUCGAAUGGUUUUUGAACUGAAUUUCAAUAUACAAUUACUUUUUUGUCUUUAAUUUUUAUUUUGUGACAAGUGCUGUUAGUUUUAUUCGUUCAUUUCAUUUUUUUAAAAAAAUUAUGCAAGAAAAAAGCAGAUAAAUAAACUUGAUUGUAAUUGUUUUUCAGUAUUUAAAUGAAGUAGCUAAACUAAGGAAGAGUUCUAUGAUUUUAUCGUAGGUUUAAUGUCUGAUUCAAUAUGAAACAGAUUUUUUUUUUGCUCUUGUGCCGGAGUUGCAACUAACAAUUUUUUUGAUGACAAAUUUAACAGAAUUGAUCGCAUUGACUUGAUUUUCGAUCAAGUCAAUCACAUUUUCAUUUCAUUUUACUUUAAUUCUUGAGAAUACCCGAAAAGUCCUAGCUCAAAUUCGAUUCGUUUAAUGCAGUCAGUUUUUCUGCACCGAUUUUCUCUCAGUUCUCGGCAAUUUUUUGCUCUCGGUCAAACUCUAACCAAUUCCCGAAAAAAAAUCGAUCAAAAAAACUUAAAACAAUUUGUAUAAAAUUUGUGUUGUAAAUAAGAUCCAGCAUUCGGAUAUUCCCAAACGGGAGAUCAACAGUGAAUUGUUCUCAUCAUUGUCAAUGUUCGAUUAAAUGGAUCUAACAAAAAAUAUUGUAGCUGUUUAGAUGUUAGUAGAUGUAAGAUAUAAGCUCUUUUAUUACACACACACAUUCACACACACACACAAAAUGAUUCAUUCGUUUGUUUCCUCUUCAAUACGAAUGAAUACAUUCCAGAUUUCAAUGAUAUUAUUUACAAUUAGUAGGCUUAGGCAUAACCAUUUCUUUUCCACGGUUCUAUUGAUGGAACUCGCCAAAAAAUCAAUAAACAAAACCACUACAAAGAAUGUAUCCUCAAUAGUAAAUGCUAUAAUGUGUCUUCUCCUAAUAUUGCAAAUCGUACUAAAACGAUGAAUUCAUUGGUUUUUACUGGCUAAGAAUAUUUGGACAUCGAUGUUGAUUAUCAAUCUAAAUGUAUGUAAUGUAUAUUGUUUAAGGCAUUAUGCCGAACAUGCGAAUUCGUGGCAGUUUUUUGGGCGGUCAACACUUUGGAAAGAGAUUUUUUUCGAACAUUUGAACCCUUUUCUAGACAUGAAGAUUCUUUUGACAAGGAUUUUCUAUGACCAGGAUUCAAUUGAAGAAAAAAACAACUCCAAUGAGAAUCUUAAUUUAAAAUGAAGAUCAUCUCCAAAAGCGGGAAAAUCAAAAGAACACCGUGACUGAGUAGACUGAUGGAACGAUUUUAAUACGUAGAGUCUACAACUUUCAGUGAUAGGUCACAGUGUUCUUUUGAAAAAAUCGUUCAAAAUGUCGAGAUCUUUGCUGGAAAAAUCGAAAAGUAUUCGAAUCCUAAUUCAAUUUCUUCUUGGAUUCAAAACGAAGCUGCUAACAGUGCUUAGCACAGUUGUUUAAAUCGAAAUUUGGGUCAUGUCCGCAUCGAAACUUGAUUUAAACCUUAAAGAAGAUUCUUCAUGUAAAUCUCUCAAUUUUCACCACAAAAAAUGCCACUUGCCACCCAAGUAUCGAGCUGGAAAAAGGAACGAAGAAUCUCGCGAUAAAAAAAAACAGAAACUGGAAGAGGAAGCGAUAUUAAUGUAUUACUCUAAAUUAAAAUUAACUAUGAAAAUUCAUAAUUAUGGAAUAUUGAUACAAAAACUAAAAACAACAACAAAAAUUCAAUGAAAGAAAUGCAAACACAUACAGAUAUUAGCUCUUAAAACAACACUUUACAAAGAAAAAUUAUAAAUUAUUAUUACAAUUAUGAAAUAAAGCAACAAAAA